AAUAACGUAUACGAUUGUUGUGAUUCCAAAAAAAGUCAGCAUAUGUGAUCUACAAUUAAUAUAGUAACACUAGAACAAUGGAAAAACAUGUAAAGCCAUUACCAGGUCAUGAUGUAGACUCAGAGUUUAUGGGCAUAAUAGUUGCUUUGAUAGCGACUAUCAUAACCAUAGUGUUAUUUGUCAUAUGGCGCAGGAAGAAAUCCAUAGGAAACAGUAUACUUUUAACUGGCCUCUGUGAUGCUGGUAAAACACUAAUAUUUGCGCGUCUAUUAUAUGGCAAGUUUGUCAAAACUUACACAUCUGUGGAUAAAAAUUCAGAAGAACUUGUAAUUAACGAUCAUUCCUUAAGAAUUGUCGACAUUCCUGGAAAUGAGCGUUUGCGCUACAAAUACUUUGAUCAGUUUAAGUCAUCCGCAAAAGGUCUUGUCUAUGUAAUUGAUUCUGUGACGUUCCAAAAGGGUAUACGUGAUGUGGCAGAAUACUUGUAUAAUAUAUUGUCUGACCCUGCUGUGCAACGAAAACCUGUCCUUAUACUGUGUAAUAAGCAAGAUCAACCUAUGGCAAAGGGUUCCUCUGUUAUAAAUACCUUAUUAGAGAAGGAAAUGAACUUGUUGCGUAUGACAAAAACAAGUCAACUGGAAGCAACAGAUCCAUCAUCAGAAAAUGUCUACCUUGGUAAAGAGGGAAAAGAUUUUGAAUUUUCCCAGUUGGAUACACAUAUAGAAUUUGCAGAAUGCAGUGCAUUUAAUAAAGAUGCUGAUACCCCAGCUGAUAUUGAACAAUUAAACAAUUGGUUAAAGAAAAUUGCAUAA